CAUCUCGAAGAAGAAGAAUAUAACUCCUGUAGCUGCAGCUUAUGACACUAACGGCGGAGUGUUUGUCAUCUGUGCCCUGAGCGUGUCCGUGUUUGAUGCUACAGCUCUGCUCUGACUGUGGAUCUCCAUCCUCGCUGCCGUUGUCCGUGUGUUUUCUGUACAGAAAAUGCAGAAAAGAAGGAAGCCGGAGCCAAUCCAACUCAACCCGAUCCCGGAUGGAAACACUAUCAAUGGCACAGGAGCCACAGAAACCAACUUGGAGGCAUUGCAGAAGAAACUGGAGGAGCUGGAGUUAGAUGAGCAGCAGCGGAUACGCCUGGAGGCCUUUCUGACACAGAAGCAAAAGGUGGGGGAGCUGAAGGACGAUGACUUCGAGAAGAUCUGUGAGCUCGGUGCAGGCAACGGAGGAGUUGUCUUCAAGGUCUCCCACCGACCCUCUGGUCUGAUUAUGGCAAGGAAGCUGAUCCACCUGGAGAUCAAACCAGCGAUCAGGAACCAGAUCAUUAGGGAGCUGCAGGUGCUGCACGAGUGUAACUCCCCCUACAUUGUAGGCUUCUACGGAGCUUUCUACAGUGAUGGAGAAAUCAGCAUCUGCAUGGAGCACAUGGACGGUGGCUCCCUGGACCAGUCACUCAAGAAAGCAGGGAAGAUCCCAGAGGAAAUCCUCGGCAAAGUCAGCAUCGCUGUCAUUAAAGGACUUUCCUACCUGAGAGAGAAACACAAGAUCAUGCACAGAGAUGUCAAGCCUUCCAACAUCCUUGUGAAUUCCCGCGGUGAGAUCAAGCUGUGUGACUUUGGAGUGAGCGGACAGCUCAUAGACUCCAUGGCCAACUCCUUUGUGGGCACUCGCUCUUACAUGUCUCCAGAGCGUUUGCAAGGCACCCAUUACUCUGUUCAGUCAGACAUCUGGAGCAUGGGCCUGUCUCUGGUCGAAAUGGCCAUUGGACGCUUCCCGAUCCCACCGCCCGAUGCUAAGGAACUGGAACAGAUUUUUGGCUUUGCAGUGGAGGGAGAAGCAGCCUCUGGUGACUCCUCCCCAAAGCCGCAGCCUCCUGGGCGACCAUGCAGCUCAUACGGCCCUGACAGCAGGCCACCAAUGGCUAUAUUUGAGCUGCUUGAUUAUAUCGUCAAUGAGCCUCCACCAAAGCUACCUGGGAUAUUUAGCCCGGAAUUUCAAGACUUUGUGAACAAAUGUUUGAUUAAGAACCCAGCAGAGAGGGCAGACCUGAAACAGUUGAUGGUACACCCUUUCAUCAGGCAGUCAGAGGCAGAACAAGUUGACUUUGCUGGCUGGCUGUGCAGCACUAUUGGACUCAAUCAGCCUGUGACACCCACCCAUGGCACUGCAAUGUGAACCGCCUGUCAAACAUCACAUGGUCGUCUUUUGACCGAUUUGUAUUACGAGCGAAUUGUAUUUGUUUAUACCAGGUAUUCGUGUUAGUUUGUGCAGUCGAUAGAUAUUUAGUGUACAAAUCUACAUGCCAAGUGAAAUUAAUGUGUCGAAACAUUUCUUUGGGCUUUAUUGUUGGCCUGCCUUGAAAAGCCAUGUUUUUCUAAAGAUCAAAUUAUUUAAAUCAUGACAAAUGCUGCUCAACACGAUGUGCUUAAUAUACACCAACAUACCCCAAUGACCCUUCCGCACCAAUAGAUUGAAAUCUUUAACUUAUGCGAGUCUUGUGAAAUAAAAUUUUGACAUCAGA